GAAAUACAAAAUAAUACAAUAGAAAUAAAAAGGAAAUUAAAAGAAUAGAAAGAAAUUACUUUGUUACGCAUAUCAAACCACGACGACGACAGCAACAACAACAAAUACAAAGGCAAAAUCUGCCCAAAAAAGUUAUCGUCACAUCACAGCCACUGUGAAAGGUGCAAUAAAACAACAAACAUCGGGAGAAUUGUGAAACUAUUGGUUAAUUAUUUGUUUUAGGAUGGAUUCAGAGACAUUUUGGAGUUAGAUUUAAUCAUAAAAUAAUGAUUUUUUUAUGAUAAGUAUCGCGCAAUAUUUAAUGUUUAAUAAAGGCCGGAGGAGAAAAAAGAAAACAAAACCAGAGAAAUCAUUUGUCGGUUCUUUGUAAUAUUCAGCGCAAUACUCCUUGUUUCUCAAGACGACACAGUAAAGCAAAGCGGCAAAGGCGGCAACAAACAUGGAAUCGAAUACGGAAGGAAAUCUCUUAGAGAUAAUGGAUUUAGCACGUACAUUGAGACAAGAACAAUUAUUUAUACAACAGGAACAGGCGACAUUUGCCCAGUUAACAGAAGCAUUGUCGGAUAAUUCAACAUCGAUAACAAAGUUAGCUUACAUAUGUGCCCAACAAAGAAGAAAUCUAAAUGAUUUGAUUGUGGCACGUCCAGAACUGGGCCCAUCCUUAUGCUGUCGGCGUGCCAAUAACUAUGAAAAAUCCAAUUUUGUUGAUUCCAAGAAAGUCUUAAAUUAUGAGCAUGCCAUUGCGUACGAGGAAUUAUUUAAUUAUCUCUACAAAUCACCAUAUAUUUUGGCUGUAUCCCUGGCGACGGGCGAUAGAAUUGCUGACAUUUCACCACAUCACCAGCAAUCGGUAAUCCAGACCAUAAGUACAGGCCUCUUUGGCAAUGCCAUCAAUACCAAAGAUGUGGAAAUGACAUUAAAGCUGCUGAGAGAGCUAAUCGAAAUACAAAUUGUUACCAGUGAUAAUCCACGGCGCUUGUUAAGAGCAAAUGCUUCAUCUUUUUCCCGCCUAUAUCAUCGUUUGAACGAGUCAAUGUUUUCGGCAAAAAUCUUUUUGACCGCUGCCCUAUUUCAGCCCAUAAUGAGUGUGUUGACCGAAACGGAUACCAUACUCGAUGUGGAUCCGCAAAAAAUUAUAAAGGGUUUCAGUAGCAAGGAGCGAAUAAGGAGAUUUGGUCCCGAGGAUUCAGUCUCAUAUGCCGAGAACAUUGAUAAAUUCCACAAAGAGACAAUAACGAAAUUGCAUAGCCUGGCCAAGACCUUUAUUGAUAGCUUACUUAAUAAUUGGUCACUAUUUCCAUCCACAUUGCGAUGGCUAGUGCAAACAAUGUGCCAUCUACUGAAGCAAUCACAUCAUUUUUCGGAGAAAAUCAUGAAUGAAAUAAUCACCGACAUGGUGUUUACCCACUUCAUUUGUCCGGCAAUAAUCAGUCCCGAUGUAAUGGGCAUAAUUGAUGCCCCAAUAUCGGAACAGGUGCAAUUCAAUUUAAUGCAAAUCUGUCAUAUUAUACAAAUGUUGGCACUGACCAGACACGAUCAAAUUGAUGCGUGCUAUGCCGAAAUAUACGGGAAAUUUGAAUCGAAUAUGGUAACACGAUUAAUCGAUUUACUCUUGGUGACACAAACGGGCGAAGAUGUUGUGGCCAUAUUGGCGCAGCAGAGUGAUUUUGAUCGUACCCAGCUGUUGGCCACUCAAAGAGAUUUGAAUUAUUUCAUUGAUUUCUUUCGCAUACUAACCGCAUCGGAUGAGUACGAUGUGCCAACGGAAGAUAAGGAUAAAUUAAAGAAAAUCCUCAAACAAUUACCAGAAAGUAGUGUUCAUCACAACGGCAAUUCGGCGGAGGCAGUACAGGCAGCCAAUGAUUCACCGGCCAAGGAGAAAUCAAAGCAAUCUCUAAUUAGCAAAGCUACCAAAAGUAAAUUGGCCAAAACCAUGAGUUUUAGUACAAAUGGCAAUAGUGAAUCUUCAUCGAGUAAUUCCUUAAUGGUAAAUGGUCAUCAUAUUAAUGGCAAUGGUUUGGAUAAUCCAUCAUCAUCGUCGUCCAAUCACAAUUCCAAUCAUUCAUCUCCCACUCGAUCCUUGGCUCCCGAAGUGGUGGAUAAUGAACCGAUUUUGAUAUUUAAUUUAUACAAUUGUAGUGGUGAGCAAAAACUGCAACCAUUGUCCGAGGAUGAAGUCUUGAAAAUGAAUAGCAUUGGCCAGGAUAACAGUGAUUUGGUGGAUACGGAAAAUUAUCAGCAGGAGUUGACAGUUGACAAAUCUUCUGUGGUUAAUGGUUUCGAUGGCAUUGAUGGAAUGUCAGAUGUUCUAAGACCAUUGCAUAAUAAAAAUCCAAGAUUUUCAUUGUCUCACGAUGAUGCCUCCAUUGGAAACUCAGAUAAUUUGGAGGCAGUCAGUGAGGUGCCAUCUAAUCACUCGGUUACCAGUUCCUUGGAACUUGAGGAGAAUGCAGAAAAUGACAACCUCUCAGAUAUGGUGUCAGCCAAUGUUUCAGGUAGAGGUACACCAAACAUCAGUGGUCGAGAUACACCCUCCUCCAUGGUGACCGAUGGAGAAUCUCUAAAUAAUGCCUUGCCCACACCACAAAUGCAGAAACUCAUUUCGAAGGCCCGCUCCGAUAUUGAAGAUAAAUUUUGUAAAUUUGAAAUUAAGAAAUUUGAGGGAGAUGAAACUGUUUCGAUAAUAUCAGAUACCUGGUCUACAGAUGUAUUGGCCAGUGAUUCGGAGGCGGUGGAUGCUGUGGAAAGGGAAAGAGAAAGGAAUUUCUCAACACCAUUAAUACCGGCCGCCGUCAUAUUGCCAGGAGAUAAUAAUUUUGAUGUUCGGGCGGGAUAUUUAGAUGCAUCGGAUCAAAGAUCAGAAUCGAAUUGGAGUACAGAUGUAUUGGCCUCCGACUCGGAGAAACUAAAUGAAGUUGAUACAGAUGACAAUGCCAGCAUUACAGCCAGAUCAGAUACUUCGUUGAUUAGCUUGCGUUCGGAGAGGGAGAGAAACCAAUUGGCAGCAGCCAUAUCAUCGGCACCCUCAAAUCGCCAUCAUGGCCGUCCUUCGUUGUCGGAGCAAUUUUUCUCAGGCAUGGGAGCCAGGGGAAAUCGCAAUUCUUCUAGACCCUCAAUGGCCUCACAGAAUGUUGCUGCUGCCAAACCUCCCUCCACGGGUAGUGUGGAUGAUGUUAAUAUAAGUGGAGGCAGCAGUGGUGGCAAUGCCAGUGAUCGUUCUCAAGAAGAUUCGCCCUUCUACGAUGCCGUCAAUUCGUAUGAUGACAAUUCAAAUCCCAUUGCAAAUAAUCCAUCGCAGCAUCACUAUCGCGAUGGUUCCUCCUUGGCCAGAAGUUCGGUUAGGACCACAAAUCAACAUGGAACAGCUGAGGAUAGUUUUCAACAGAACUAUAAGUGUAUUGCCAAUGAUGGUGGCGAUGACAAGGAUUCGUUUCUUACGCCGAGCACAUCAUCGGCCGCAGCCAAUGCCCAUCGAAAUCGAAUGCGAAGACAAACUUCAGCGGAAAGUAGUAUUUCCAAUCAAAGUCUAAGUCUGGAAGAACAAGGCGCAGCAGCAGCAGCCAAAUUACCCUCCCCCUUUGCCUCAACCUCUCGUAAAAAACGUAAUGCCAGCAACGAAUCAAAAGAUCUGAUAGACUUUUCAGAUUUUUGUGAUGACAAAGAUCUGACACCGCCUUCAAUAGCUCCACCCGAACCACCGUUGCAGCAUUCCGAUAGCCUGAACGAAGAUCUUGUGGAACGUCGCCAAAGUAAUAAUCUACAUGAUGACGGGCGACGUAAUGGUAUUAUGGCCCUAAAGGGGGGUCGUGAAUCUUCGGAGCGUGGCUCAAGUUCAACGCCACAUUUGCGUCGCCACCAGUCCUUGAAUUAUGAGAAUCAUGAAAUUGUUCUCAACACUGUGCCCACUAGAAUAUCAGCCAUGCCAAAUCUAUCGCCUGACAAUGAUAAUAAAACCGAGAAGAAGCCCCAGCAAUCGGACGAGUUAUUACAAUUGUGCAAUAAGACUUCAGAGUUACAAAUCCACCAAGACAAUAAUAAUGACAACAACGAUGACAGCACAAUGGAUAAUUCUCUGGAGGCUGCUCGCAACACACCCACAAAUAAUAUGGCAUCCAGUGGUAUUAUGACACAAUCGCCCUCGACAAAACCAACGAAAUCAACGGGUGCCAUACCCAAGAGCAUUAGUUUUGAUGCCUCAGCCGAUAAGGUACAUGGCGCAUCAACAUCGGCAGCAGCGGCAGGGUCAAGUACCUCCAGACACCAGAGGUCUGCAUCAUCACGUUUACCCGAUACGAUGCGUACAAAUAGUCUUAAUCCAGCAUCCUCGAAUUCGGCGGGAAUUUUCAAUAAAUUAAAACAGGGUAUCUUCAAACAUCGACGUGGCCAUAAGUCUCGUCAUGGAUCCGCCAAUGCGAACAGUGAUGAAAUCACACAAUGUCCGCGUAGUGUUUCAUUUUCUAACAACACAUCAGAGGUUGCUCUGGAUCUCUUAGGUGCCAAUUUACCAAGUACAAGUGCAGCAGCAGCAGCUGCAUCGAAUCAGGAUCGUAAUGCCGUGGGCGGUUAUUAUGACAUAACUGAGGAUAUUUUAGCCAAGUAUCGUCGGAAAGUAAGCACAUCAAGUGAGGCGACCAAUUCAUCGAUUGGUAAUGGUGCAAGCGGAGGCGGCGGUGCUGUUGGAGGAUCAACCAUUGAAGAGUCGAGCAAAGAAAUUUCAAGCAAUAACAAUAAUCAACAUCCAUCCAUGCACGAUAAGACCCUUACAUUCAACAUUAUCAAGAAGAAGAUACGAACUGUAUUGUCAAAGACUGAUUUACAUUCUGGAGAUUUCAGACAUACAACGCAUGCCAACAUUUCACCCCUGCUAACAUAUCUUCAAAUACAGCUGGCGCAAGCUAUAAAUCUACAAAAUUUCCAACAAAUCUCGUAUGUAUCGGAAGCGAUACGUUGUAUAUCGACGCUAGACGUUGCCCAGCAUACACAACUAAUGCAGGAGCUGCAAAAUGACAUUCAAAAACGCCAAAGUUAUCUGCAGUAUUUAAUGCGUUAUCGUCAAAACCUCCUUAUGAUAAUGGAAAAUAUCGAACAAUUCGAAUCUAGAUUAAGAAGUGAAAGUUCAACAUGUAAUCGCUACUUAAUGGCAUUGUGUAUGCGUUUAUUCUUCGAAAAGAAACAAGAUAGCUUCGCAACAUUCCAAGAAGAAUUUGCCCAACGCAGUGUGUCGGAUGAUAAAAUCGAUUUGAUUGAAGAGUUUCUUGAUAGUCUUGUCGCCGAGUUGCUUGCACCGGGUGGCAUUCUAAAUGGUAUGCCAGAAUGGCAGGCAAUUGAGGCACGUUUGGCUUUGGAACGCAUUCUAUUGCAGAACAUCUAUCGGCAGGUGAUGUUUCCCAAUGAAGAUGCGGACUUGUCAAGAGAUACGGUCUUAUCGGAACACAUACGAAAGUUACAAAAUGUCAUAACACCAUCCCAUUCCGCCUUGUGUAUACCACAGAUUUAUUUAUCCGAAGCCCCAUGGAGUUUUGCCCAACAACAAUUGUCAUAUAUAUCGGCCUAUAAGACUCCACGUGAAAAACUUCAAUGUGUUGUAAGAUGUAUCUCGAGCAUAAUGAGUUUACUGCACAUGUCCAGUGGUAGAGUCCCAGCGGCAGAUGAUAUAUUACCCGUACUCAUUUAUGUUGUUAUUAUGGCUAAUCCACCUUAUCUCUUGUCAACGGUUGAAUAUAUUACUUGCUUUAUUGGUGACAAAUUAGAUGGCGAAGAGCAAUUUUACUGGACCUUAUUUGGGUCGGUGGUGAAAUUUAUUAAAACCAUGGAUUAUUUUGAACAAUAAAAUCCAAAACGGAAAA